AUGGAGUCUCGAAAACCUAGCUUCGACCUGGGCAAGGAGCUGACAUGCUCGAUAUGCGCUGAUCUUCUCUACCAACCGCUCACUCUGCUCGACUGUCUUCAUACAUACUGCGGGUCGUGUUUGAAAGAAUGGUUUCGCUUCCAGGCUGAAAAGGUUGGGCGGGCUCCUACCCCGCCACCGCCAGACGCAAUCAUCUUUACCUGUCCAUCAUGUCGGAGCUCAGUGAGGGACACUCGGCAUAAUGCCACCGUUGCGACUCUCCUUGAGAUGUACACGGCGGCUAACCCUGCCAAAGCACGGUCGGACGCCGACAAGAAAGAGAUGGAAGAAAAGUACAAACCUGGUGACCAAGUCAUGCCCAAGGUCAAGACUCGUGAACGGACAGCCGAAGAGAAGCGGGCCGAGGAAGAGGACCAGAGGCUGAUAGAUGAGGUGAGAGAGCUAAGUCUGCAAGAAGCCAUUGCCGCUGCCAUGCCAGAUGCACCACAGACAAGAACAGCGAGGAGACAGGCAGAUGGGCGAUCUCGAUCGAGCUCGGAUUAUAGAGCGGAUGGCCGUUCGCCGCGGACGGCAAAUGACAGGGGAGAAAACGGCCGGAGCAACUCUGACUACUUAUCUGCGGACGGGGACUCACAGGCUCGAAGAAGACGUAGCGAAUCGCGACAACGCCAAGUUGAGCACCAGUCGUCACUGAGGUCGUUAAUCGGGUCUGAGAUGAGCGAGCGAGAUAUCCAGAGGGAAAUCGAGGAGUUUGCACGGCAGAUCCAAGAAGAGGGCCUGUUGGACGGCCUUGAUCUCGAUAACAUUGAUUUGAGCCGGGAUGAUGAACUCAGUCAACGCAUCACCGAGGCGUAUAGGAGGCGCCAAAGGGGUCGCUCUAGACAAGAAGAGAGGAGGACCGACUCACGCACACGACAUUCUGCAUCUGCAUCGAUGGAUUCCAGACUGCGGCCUGACAGCGCUAGGCAUCCAAGCCAGCACCGCUCGCACUCACGAUCAAUCAGUGAAGUGGGAGACAGGAGUAGACCUCCGAUAUCAUCUUCAGCAAGUCUUGGCGUUCGAGAGCCUGAGAGGAGGACCAGAAGGCGAACCAACAGUGGUGGCCAGGUGAACACUUUGGGAGCGAUGGCUCUGUCUUCCAUGGAUUCAAGACCUGCUGCUCAUUCUCAGAACGACUUAACCCUAAGAAAUCCGAGCAAUUAUGAUCCCACGGCAUCAGUACCAGCUCUGAGAAUUGGCCGAAGUUCUAGUUCAACCGGAGUACCUGCUGCUGCUCAAACUGCCGAUGCGCCAGCAAACGGCAGUGAGAACAAUGCCUCCUUUGCGAGCCGAGCACAAACCCUUCCAUCAACCACUUCGCACACAAAUCCAAUCACUCCCGAUUUAAUAGAGCUGGCAGCUGCGCGAAAUUCUAAAUCAAACCGCCCGGCUGAUGUGGUCAGUCCUCCCACUUCUUUGGUAUCCAGCCCCAUUCAAAGCCCAACGGCAACCUCGAGACAUCAACGCACUCGACAACUGUUUGAAGAGCCUUCAAUUAGCUGCUCGCGAUGCAAAAAGCCUGAUAUCCAGUAUAGCGUGCAUUACAACUGCAAAGUGUGCGAUGAUGGCUACUGGAACAUAUGCGUCGACUGCUACCGGUCAGGCAAGGGCUGCCUACAUUGGUUUGGAUUUGGCCAUGGCGCUUGGAAGAAGUGGGAGAAACGCAAACAAGCUGAUGAAUCGAUCCCCAUGCCUCACAUAUUGAAUGCUGGUCGCUAUCUGCGCCCUACAUCGACAACUAUGAACUCGGAUAGUAAGAAAACAUUAACAACCGACGAUCCGAAGCUGAGACUGGAGACGGGCACAUUUUGCUCACGAUGUUUUGCUUGGGCCAACGAGUGUUUUUGGCGCUGCGACGUUUGUAACGAGGGCGACUGGGGAUUCUGCAAUAACUGUGUGAAUCAGGGCAAAUCUUGUAACCAUAAACUUCUACCGAUGGCCCAUGAAGGAACACUCAAACCUACGUAUCGACCUCGCAGUCCCAAGUCGGUAAGCCGACCCUCCACAGCAACUGUAAUUGCAGGGUCACAAAUAUCCGGAAUUGGGUCGUUUAGACCUAUUGAAUUCAAUUGCAAGUGCGAAAUUUGCAAAGAUGCCAUUCCACCAUCGCAAUCGAGAUAUCAUUGCUUCAGCUGCACAAAUACGACUGCUCAAGAUGCUACUCCUGGAGACUUCGAUAUCUGUUCCUCCUGCUACAGUAACUUGGAGUUAAAGGGCGAUAUAAGCGAGGAAAACGGCUCAUCAGGCUGGAGAAGAUGCCCCAGCGGUCACAGAAUGGUCGUUCUCAAAUUCAUAGAAGGCAAAGUUGGUCAAUGGCGAUAUGUGGAAAAAGACCUUGUCGGCGGGAGAGCAAUCCGUAUGGAGCCUCUGGAGAAUAUUGCGCAUCCUGAUUUCCAGAAAUGGACAUGGUAUGAUGGAAGUGAAAAGCUCGAGCGUCUCGCUACUACAGAGGUAUCGGUAACGGCCCCAGAGAGCUUUGGUGAAAUAUCAUAUGCACGGACCUUUCCGCCUGAUGGUGGCUGCGGGCUGAUGGCCCAUGCAAUGUGGGCAUGGUAUCCAAAAUCCGGCAAAGAGGAUGACCUAAUGUUUCCUCGAGGGGCCAACAUUGAUGAAGUAAGGGAUAUCAACGGAGACUGGUUCUUUGGGACUUAUAUGGGUGCCAAGGGCAUGUUCCCAGCGCCGUAUGUUCAUUUGCCACAAAACCCUUGA